ACAGCUAUAGUAUCUCUGGAAAUAUCCUCAUCUGGAAACAAGGCUCCUGUCAUUCUGGCUGAACAGUACACAAUCUAUGUCAGCGAGGGAAUCAAAGAGAACCAAGUGGUUUUUAAAACACCUGCUACUGAUGUUGAGAAUGAUCCCUUGUCGUUUUCCAUUGUAAACUCCAAGAAUAGCUGGGACAACACAUUUAUCGUUGGAAGAGAUGAUGGCAAGGUUUUAAAUCGGGUUAAGCUUGACAGGGAAACUAUAGCUGAGUACUUUCUGAAUAUCACAGUUGCUGAUUCGUCUUUCCUAAUUGAUUCAACUGUUCUGCAUAUUGUGGUGACUGACAUUAAUGACAACAGUCCUGUCUUCACUGGUCCUGGUCUUGUUGGCAAGAAGUACACAUUCAGUCUAAAGGAAGGUCUGACACCCCCAAGAGUUAUUGGAUCAGUGCAGGCUACUGAUGCUGAUGAGAAAAACACACCAAGAUCACAAGUGAUGUAUGGAAUCCAGAGUCUGGGAUCAGCUCCUCCUUUUACAAUUGAUUCAAGUUCUGGUCAGCUGACAGUGUCACGGCCUCUAGAUUAUGAAACACAGAAAACACAUACAUUCUUGGUUGUGGCUCGGGAUUCCGCCAGUGACUCGAGAAUGGGCACGGCUACAGUUGAAGUAAAUGUUUUAGACGUCGAGGAUUCCAUGCCAAUAUUUGUCCCAUCGACUUACCAGGGAACAGUACGGGAAGGUGUGAAGGAUGUUGGGGUACUGAAAGUGCAUGCUGUUGAUGCAGAUCAAAUCAGUAACAUUGUGUAUGAACUGGUUGAUGUUUACUAUGGUGCCUUCAAGAUAGAUGCCCAGUCAGGUCUGAUAGCAACAAACAAGCCACUGGACUAUGAAACGCUCAACAGCUAUGUUCUGCUGGUGACAACCUCAGAUGCAAAAGCUCAACCAGGAACUCUUUCUGCUACUGCGACUGUUACAAUUGCUGUUAUAGACCAGAAUGAUCAUACACCUGUUAUAUCAAUAGCAGGGGGAAGUUCAAAUGUCACGAAACUGGAAACUCUUCCCAUUGGCUCACUGCUCAUGGAUUUGGAUGCCACUGAUGGUGACCCACCAAACACCCUGAACAGUCGUGUGUUUUUCCGAUUAGAUAAAACAUCAGUAUCACCAGCGUCUGGUGCUGACUUGUUCUUUGUGAAUUCCAAGACAGGAGAACUUUUCUUAUCAAAUGAGUUUAGUAGUGACCCACUAGCGACAAAGUAUAAGAUGCAAAUAAUUGCUGAAGAUGAGGGCGAGCCACGCCUGUCUUCCAAUGUGACUGUAACAGUUAAUGUAAUUCGCAACAAGCCUCCACGAUUUGAUCCUUCUACGCUGGCACUGAAAAUCAGAGAAGAUGCUGGUGUGUCGUUCAGAGUGGGAAGUGUUGUGGCCAAAGAAGAUGAUACUGUGAAUCCAUUUGAUCAACUGAGUUACUCUUUGAUUGGAGAUGGCCCUGCAUUGGACUAUUUCUCUGUAAAUGGUGGAACAGGUGAAAUCAGUAUUCAGAAUGCACUGCACAAAGACACUUUACCAACAUUCACCCUUCGUAUUGUUGCCACCGAUGGUGGAGGGUUGUCUACCACUGCUACAGUGACAGCUAGCAUUGAGAGGAAUCUUCAUCCUCCAGAACUGUCCAAAGUGACGUACACAAAGACCAUCUUUGAAAAUGAAGCUCUCAGUGUUCCCUUAGUUACCAUACAAGCGAAAGAUCAAGAUGCCAAUGUCCCACACAAUGAGAUUGCAUAUACCAUCACUGGUGAUACUUUGGCUCAGAAGUUUUUUGGUGUCGAUAACAAGGGAAACAUCUUCCUGAUCAAGUCUCCAGUGGAAGCACCCACAGUCAGCCAGUUUAAUUUAACUGUAAACAUAACAGACAAAGGCCAUCCUACAUCUCUGGCUGCUCAAAGUAAUCCAGCCAAGCUAACAAUUACUGUCAUCAGAAACUACCACCAUCCACUGUUCUUCAAGAACGAGUAUAAAGUCACUGUUCCACAAACAAAGCCAACUGGACAGCUGGUGCUGCAGGUUACAGCAACUGAUGAUGAUACUCAGGGAACUUAUGGUAAAGUUCAUUAUGAUAUUAUCGGCGAUGGAUCUGCUGUCACUUACUUUGAAAUUGGUAAAUCAAGUGGAUUGAUUAAUGUCCGUACAGAUUUGUCGACUACUUCUAUCCGGGAGUUUACAGUGCGUGUGGUAGCAGCAGAUGGUGGCCAGCCUCCGAGGUCUGCAACAGCCCUUGUGUACGUGACAAUACUGAGAAACUUUCAACCGCCUGUCUGGUCUCAGCAGACGUACACCUCCAGAAUACCAGAGACCGUGCCUGUUCUUGACAAAGUGCUUACUGUCAAGGCAAUGGAUGGUGAUCCCAAGCCUCCAAACAAUGAUGUAUAUUAUCAUCUGAUGGGAAAUGUUUUGUCACUCUUCUUCUUUGAAAUUGACAAAACAAAAGGUGAUAUCAAGAUUAGACGACCUUUGACACUGGACAAAGCACGGCCAAAUCAGUAUGAUUUCAGUGUUCAAGCUACAGAUGGUGGGACUCCAUCAUUGACCUCGACCAUUAACAUCCCAGUCAGAAUACAGGUUUACAGAAACAACCAGGCACCAAAAUUCAGCAUAGAGCUCUACCAACAAACCAUCCAUGAAGGAAUAAAAGUCACAGACAGUUUGGUAACUGUGACAGCUAAAGACAAUGACCCUGAUUCAGAGUUCAGUAAAAUAACUUACUCUAUUGAUGGCCCUGAGAAAGUUCUCAGCUUGUUUUCUAUCGAUGAUAAUGGAGUCAUUCGUGCACUGGAUUCAGCUGCUACAGACACCAUUAACUUGGGAUCAGAGACAAAAUACAAGAUCUACGUGAGGGCUGCUGACAGUGGAAACCCUCCUCGGUAUGAUGUCUGUCUAGUGGAACUGACUGUAAAUCACAAUCUCAAGUCUCCUGUGAUAGACCCACUUACCUACAACGAAACUGUACAUGAGACACUUAAAGUAGGGGAACAUAUAACAACCAUCAAGGCUUCUGAUGCUGAUAGAUUGGCUCCAGACAACAAUGUGUUCUUUACUUUAACUGGUUCCGCGAAAACAUUGGAAUAUUUCCACAUCAAUCAGCAGUCAGGAGUGAUUUCCAUCAAGAAAAGUCUGCUUGAAGAUCUAUCUCCUGAUAAUACUCAGUAUAUUAUGCAAGUUACAGCUACAGAUAAAGGUUUCAUUCCACUUACAUCAAUCCAGAUGGCUAAAAUUACUAUUAAUGUUCUUCGUAAUACAUUUUCACCUCGUUUCAUCAACACACCAUAUGAUGUUCAUAUUCCCCGCACAGCUGGCAAGGCUACGUCUGUUGUCACAGUUUCUGCUCAAGAUGAUGAUAUAGAUAAUCCAUUCAACAACAUAACCUACAGUAUUGCCAGUCAGACAGCUGAAAGAUUUGAAAUUAAUUCUGUCUCAGGGGAGAUUAUACUGUCCCAGGGAAUUCAGUCUGACUCUGAAUCAGCAUAUGUGGUUACUGUAGUUGCUAAAGAUGGUGGAAAACCACCAAAAUCUGACUACACCAUGUUCACCGUGACUGUUGACCGCAAUUUGUUUGACCCUGUUCUGACGCUGCCAGUUGCACCAACGUACAUGAAUGAAACAACUGUCCUGGAGACAGUGGGCUUCAGUGACAUCAUCUUUGAUGUGGAUGCGGCUGACAGAGAUGUUUCAAGUCCUUAUAACAAACUUAGCUUCACUAUUGCUGGAAGUGGAACAGCUCCAACAUAUUUUCUCAUCAACCCUGAUAGUGGUGAAAUCAGACUUAAAACAUCAUUAUUACAAGAUAGCAAAAGUAAAUAUACUAUCAUUGUAAGAGUGGCUGACCAAGGCAAACCUGCACGUUCUGCAACCGCCACAGCGACCAUUCACAUCAAUGUAAUACGCAACCACUUUGGACCCCAGUGGGUUGGUUUGCCAUACUCUAAAGUAAUAGAUGAAAAUAUUGCUGUAGGAACUUCUGUGUUUAAGAUUGAAGCCCAGGAUCAAGAUCAUCAGAAUACAUUUGAGCGUGUUUCAUAUUCUUUGCUUGGGGAUGGAAAUGCACCAACAUACUUUGCAGUGGAUAGCACAACUGGAGUAAUCAGUAAAAAGAAGUCUCUCUCAGACGUCCUUGAUUCUGUGUUUUUUUUGAGAAUACUGGCUUUGGAUAACGGUGUCCCUCCGAAAACAAACACUACUGUGGUUACGUUGACGGUCAACAGAAACCUCCAUGCUCCAGAAUUUAACCAGUUUCUCUUUGAGGUGACCAUUGAUGAAAACCAACCUGUUGGUGUGCCAUUUUUGACUCUUAAUGGAAGUGAUGCCGACACUACACCACCACACAAUUUGUUUGAAUUCACCAUAGUCCAAGAUGGCAGUAAGACACUAGACUGGUUUUCCCUAGAGGCUUCAACUGGAGACAUUGCUGUUGCAAGGUUAUUAACAACUGAUCAUGAUGCCAAUAACACUGUAUACCAGUUUCAAGUUCAGAUUAAGGAUCAAGGCACUCCAUCUAGAAGUGGAAAACAGAAGGCAAUUGUCCGAAUAACAGUGAUUCGAAACAAACAUGAUCCAGAGUUCAGUAAAAACCCGUAUCUCAUUGCCAUUGAUGAAACUCAAGCUGUUUUGUCCAGUGUAGGACGGAUUACUGUCAGUGACAAGGAUGCAAAUGCCCCAUUUAAUACCAUUAUGUUGCGUGUUAUUGGCGAUGAGAAAGGACCAGAUCACUUUCAGUUGGAAACUAAUGGAGAUGUCACUGUACACAGAGAUUUGACUAAGGAUACGGAAACAAGAUAUACUUUACGUGUGGAAGCUCAUGAUGGAGGCAUGCCACCAAAAUCUGCUACCGCCCUGGUGAUUAUCACAGUGAACAGAAACCUGCAUGUUCCUGAGUUUACGUUAGAUGCGUAUAAGCAGAGAAUUCCAGAGACCACCAGUCUUGGAGUCAGCAUAUUGCAGGUCGCUGCCUCUGAUAGAGAUACACUGGUUCCUUAUAAUUCUGUAAAGUACAAGAUAAGCUUAGAGCCAUCGAGUGAUUUUGGAAGACAAUACUUCAUGAUUGAUGAGAUCACUGGUGUCCUUACAGCUCGCAAGUCUCUUCGCAGUGACCCAGCCCAAACACUGGAUUACACUUUCAGUGUUGAAGCUAUUGAUGGAGGUGGUCAAAAGUCAACUAAGAAUGCCUUCAUCACAAUAAAUGUGUUCCGUAAUUUGCACGCUCCUGAGUUUGCUGCUGUGGACUACAACCUGGAAAUCAACAACACGCAUCCUGUAACUUCUCUAGUCUUCGACUCCUUGGCAACAGACAAAGAUGAUCAUACACAGUUCAACACGAUUACCUAUCGUAUUAUUGGUGAUGAUGAUGGUCAAGUGUAUUUCAGUGUUAAUAGUGUUAAUGGUAGAGUAUUCUUGGCUAGAAGUGUCAAGGGAAUAGUUCCUUCAGAGUUUAAGAUACGUCUGGAGGCUAGGGAUGGUGGCACACCUAACAAGGUUGCCAUUGAAGUUCUCACUGUCACCAUCAAACGGAAUUUUCUUGCUCCAAAUUUUUCAAAUUCAUCUUAUGAAAAAACUAUUCUUGAAAACCAUCCGGUGGCAUCAAAGGUGUUGACUGUUUUUGCCAGUGAUGGAGAUCUUACAUCUCCAAACCGAGAUGUGCGCUACUACAUUGAUGGUACCAAUGACAGGUUUCUGCUUGACGCACAGACAGGGGUGCUCAAAGUCCGACGAUCUCUUGUUGGAGAAUUGGAGUUAUACUAUUCUUUUAAAAUCUAUGCCGAAGACCUUGGAGUACCUGCACUACGAAGUGAUCUCGUACAAGUCACUAUCAAUGUAACUCGGAACCUCAACCCUCCAGUUUUCCAGAAUGAACCAUAUUUGUCAUCUCUGAAGGCUGAUGUCGAUCCUGGUUUUGAAGUUGCCAGAGUACUGGCUACAGAUGAUGAUCUUAAGUCUCCAUUCAACAAGCUGACUUAUGAUAUCAUCGGAGAUGACAGUGCUGUUGACUUUUUCCAUGUUAACAGUGACCUGGGGCUCAUAACCCUGAAGCAGUCUAUGCAAUCUCAUCAUGCAGAGAAUUAUCGAAUACGAGUCCGAGCAAGAGAUGGCGGACAGCCCAGUUUGUUUGAUGUUACAGUUGUCACAGUGAACGUGACCCGCAACUUAAUGAAACCAAGCUUCGACAAAACAAUCUACAACCCAAGAAUACUGGAAAUUCAGAAAUUAGGAGUUGUCUUUGAGAAUAUGGCUGCUCAUGAUUUUGAUACAUUUGCUCCUAACAACGAGAUUGAGUAUAAUCUGACAGGCGAUGCAGACUGUCUGAACUUCUUCAAGAUCCUUCCUUCAGGAGGUUUAUAUGUAACCAGUGAUCUUACUGCCGACAUCGCAAAAUCAACAUUGUAUUUGUGUAUUGUGUCUGCUGAAGAUAAGGGAAAUCCCAGACUGGCUGCUAAAAACUCGGCCACUGUGUCUGUGAAAGUAAUCCGCAACACAGCUCCAACUUUCAUGAGUAAUCCAUACUCUGUGACAAUACAGCGAGACAUACACAAUGAUGGGGUUGUUGGUGUCUUUACAGUGCGUGACCAAGACAGAGAUUAUCCUUUCAACAACUUAACUUAUGGCAUGAUUGGUGAUGGCAAUGCUCCAGCUUUGUUUGGUAUACAGGGCAACAAUGAAGUGAUCGUAAAAAAUGCUGAUACUCUGGCUCAAGACAAAGAGAUCAAUUACACUGUUCGACUUCAUGUUAAAGAUGGUGGGCGGACAUCAUUAUAUGAUACGGCUGAAAUGAGGAUUAAUGUGCAAAGAAAUCUCCAGGAUCCUGUGUUUGAGAACAGUUUCGUUGCCUUAAACAUUACUGAAGACUUUGUCGUCAAUGGUCUUGUCACAAAAGUGACAGCAAAUGACACAGACCCUAUGCCUCCUGCCAACGAAGUAAUUUACUCGCUGGAAGAGCCAGAAAGUCUGUCUGCACAGUACCUCCAUAUCAAUCCAAACACAGGGGAAAUCCGCCUUCAGAAAUCUUUACAAGAAAAGACUGUUCGGCAGCUGGAUCUGUUAAUUGUGGCAAGCGAUAAAGGUUUUCCAGUCCGUCGUGCCCAGGCGACUGUUAGGGUGAAGAUUAUUCGUGAUACAGAGACCCUCAGUUUUAAUCUUCCAGAGUACGACAUAACAAUAUCAGAAAACAAACCAGUGGGAGAAAACAUUAUCCUUGUUGCUGCAUCACCUGGGCCUGGAAUUUCUUACCAUCUGGAUGGGUACAGUGAUGCUGGAAACUGGUUUAGUCUGAACAGUAGUAUAGGUUGGGUAACAGUCAAGCAAGACCUUCGCAAAGAUAUUGCCAAGCAAAAGGUUUACAUGCUGAAAGUUUACGCAGAGAAAACGUUUACUGUCAGUGCACAAAGAGUGUUUACUAAUGUAACUAUCAAAGUCACACGGAAUGAAAAUGCUCCUCGAUUUACAACACAAGGCAAUGUUUAUGAAGUAACUGUAGAUGAAAACAUGGCAAUUGGAUCGAGCGUGGUAAAUAUUAAUGCCACAGAUGAUGAUGGGGAUCGUCUGAGAUAUGACUUCAUGACAGAAAGCCCAGGUGUAACGGAUUUGUUCUACCUCAGCCCUCCAACAGGACUUCUUCAACUCACCAAGUCUCUUCAAGAUGUCCCACAUAGGACUCUUAGGUUCAGUGUGGUGGUCCGUGACCAGACCGUGGAAGAAAAGACGGCAACAGCCUCUGUUGUAAUACAUAUUAAGGGAGACGACUUUGAUCCUUAUUUCAUUGGUGCCCCUUAUUCUGCUUCCAUUAAAUUCAAUGAUGCUGUUGGAACAACCAUUAUAAAAGUGUCUGCUGAUGAUAAUGACAAAAUUGGUAAAAUGCUGUUUGAAGCAAGAGGAGGGUAUUUAGCAGCACCAGGAUAUUUCACUGUUGGCAAGGAAACAGGAGAGAUAAUUCUGUUGACUUCAGUGGCCUCUGAUCCAAUGACGUCGUUUACUCUUGGAUUAAUCGCAUAUGACUCUGCACGCCCCAUGCGAUCAGCUUCAACAAACAUCACCAUCACCAUCAACAGAAACCCAUCACCACCUGAGUUUCUUACUAUUAACUACAAGGAAAAAAUACCGGAAACCUUCAGUCUUGGUGUUACUAUUGUCAUGCUGAAUGCCACAGAUGCAGACAAGCAUAAAAUAGAGUUUUCAGUAGACAGUGCCAGUCCACCGAGUUGCACCAAGUUCUUCAUGUUGUACUCCAUGUCUGGUGAAAUUGUUUUGAUUCGUCCCCUCACACAGGCUUCAUUCACAAGCUGCAGACUGAUUGUCAUAGCAACAGAUGUGGCUAAUCCACCAAAGAAAAGUAUUGACCAGGCCCAGGUUUUGAUUAUGAUUGAUCGAAAUUACUAUUCGCCUGUCUUCAAGGGACCCUACUCUGUUGACAUACCAGAAAACACUACAUUUGGAACAUCAGUUCUGUUUGUUGAGGCAGCAGAUGACGAUCCUGUUGGAUCUGUUUUCUCCAAUGUUUCAUACAAACUGAUUGGUGAUGACAGCACUCUCAAUUUCUUUGUCAUCGACUCUCUAAAUGGAAGCAUCUCAAUUAACAAUGAUCUUACACAAGAAAAUGUUAACUCCUAUAUUGCAAGAGUUGUUGCAUUUGAUGGAGGUUCUCCUGCCAAAAGUUCUACAGUGACUGCUGUAUUGAAUAUUCUGCGAAACCUCAACAAACCCGUCUUUGAUAAGAAAAUUUACAACAUGACAAUCUUUGAAACUCAUCCACUCAGAACAAUUGUUACUCAAGUUAAAGCUUCAGAUGCUGACAGACAAGGUCCAUGGAGCAACAUAAAGUAUCAAAUGAUUGACACAUCAUUUGGAAGCAUUGCUAAUACCUACUUUAGAAUAGAUCCCUUGACAGGAGAAAUCUUUGUCCGAAUACCUCUCACUGAAGAUGGAUCUGAACAAGAGAUUUUUGAGUUUGGCAUACAAGCAACAGAUGAUGGUCACCCAUCACAAAAGUCUGACCCAAAUGCUAAAGUUGCCAUCAAGGUGAUACGCAACCUAGAAGCACCUCAUUUCCAAGGCAUGCCAUACGAAACUGCCAUUUCCUUCAAGUCACCCAUGGACACCUCUGUUUUUCUUGUGAAUGCUACUGAUUCUGAUAUAAAAGCUCCUUACAAUGUUGUUUCCUAUUUCUUGAUUGGAGAUGGCAUUGCACCACUGUUCUUCCAGGUUAAUGCAAAGACUGGGCUAAUUAAAACAACAUCUUCUUUGGAAACAGACACCAGUGAACAAUACAUUCUGCGUUUGGUUGCUCAGGAUGGUGGUUCCCCACACCGGGAGGACACUGCAACUGUAGUUGUGAAUGUGUCACGCAAUUUAUUCCAACCCAUCAUUAACCCACAGAACUACAAUAUCAACAUCCUUGAAACCCAGCGGCUUGGCAUUGCUAUUGGCAGUAUUCAAGCUACUGAUGGGGACCAAAGUCCUCCAUAUAACAAGCCUGUUUAUAAACUCACAGGUAACAAGGUGUUUAAAGAAUAUUUCAAAAUAGAUCCAGACCUUGGAGAUAUUUAUUUGUGGAAGGAUCUUACACUGGUCUCUUCGGGAGACCAAUUUGAAGGUAGCGUGGCUGUCUGUGAUGCAGCUGUGCCUCCACUGUGCUCCAAUACAUCAGCAGACAUAACAGUCACUGUCACACGUAACCUCCAUGUUCCAUAUUUCACAAACCUACCCUAUCACCAAGACCUGCAGAGAUCAUUUGGGGUUGGAACCAGUGUACUCACAGCUACUGCACAAGAUGAUGAUGACCCCACCAUUGCUUUUGGGGUGAUCCGGUACCACCUGAUUGGUGAUGAGUUUUCUCCAGAUUUCUUCAGCAUCAGCGAAAUAGAUGGUUUUGUGGAGAUUAGCAACAACUUGGCUCAGACAUCCAAAAAUGAAUACCAGCUUCGAAUACAAGCAUGUGACCUUGGUGGUUUGUGUAACACUACUGUAGCGACUGUCACCAUAACAACCAAUUUCCAGCCACCAGUAUUUGUACCAUCAAGAUAUAUGGCUUCCAUCUUGGAAACAGUUUCACUUGGUGAUGUUAUUGUCGAUGUUAAUGCAACUGAUGGAGACCUGAAUUCACCUAACAAUGAAGUACGCUAUGCAAUAACUGAUGGUCCAGAGGACCUUGCCUGCUUCACCAUCAACCCAGUCAGUGGCAAGAUGACAGUGCGACAGUCUCUGCUGCGGGAUCCCUGUCUCGAAAAUACAUACAAGAUGAUAGUCGUUGCCAAUGAUCUAGGAAAAUCUCCACUUCGCAGUCAGCCAGCUCCAGUAGAUAUCUACAUUCAGCGCAACAUUCACCCUCCUUCUUUCCAAGGGGAUCCAUUUGAAGUUUUAAUACGUGAAGAUUUCAGUGUAGGCCAAGUUGUGUACACUGUUUCUGUGGCUGAUGCUGACACAGUGCCACCUUUUAACAGCAUCAGAUUAGAUAUCAUUGGUGAUGAUACUGCAACCAUGUACUUCAAACUAAACCAAUUAAGCAACAAUCAGGCAGAAAUCGUGAUGAAGGAAUCUGUUCUAAAUGACAGCUUGACCAGAUAUGUGGUGCGAAUGCAAGCAUUUGAUGGUGGAAGCCCCAGUAAAUGGAAGAUGAGCACUCUUACAGUUAAUGUUGACCGGAAUUUGUUUGCUCCAAGAUUUGAAUCUGCUAGUGAUACAGUGAUAAUCACUGAAACACAAGGACUUGGAAUUUCUAUUUACCAGUUACAUGCCAUUGAUAAUGAUACCAAGUCUCCACAUCAAGAUGUAGUGUACGAAGUGACAGGAAGUGCUCAAGCUAGCAACUUCUUUGGUGUAUACGAAGAUUCUGGGAUUAUUUAUGUGAAACAAAAUCUCAAGGAUGAUCUCAUGAAAAAUACUCGCUUUACACUGACACUGAGUGCUAGUGAUCUUGGUAUUCCACCAAAAUCAAGUUCAAAUCGCUUUACCUUGUUCAUCGAUGUCCUUCGUAACACAUACUGUCCUCAGUUUGAAAACCUGCCUGCCACAACAACCAUUAAGAAAACAUUGACUGGAUUUGUAUAUGAUGUUAAUGCAUUAGAUUCUGAUAUUUCACCGGACUUCAACACAGACUCUAUAGAAUAUACUCUUGUUGGCGAUGAUACAGCAGCAGCAUUUUUUACAGUUGACUCAAAGAAUGGAUAUAUUAAAGUUUUUGCUGCUAUUGUUUCUGAUAAUCUCAAUGUCUACAGAUUACGUGUUGAAGCUCGUGAUGGUGGUGGCUGCAGCACGAAGAGUGUUCUGACUGUGAAUGUCAUUAGAAACCUUUAUCAGCCCGUAUGGGUUCAGACCAACUACACAGAGACCAUUCUGGAAACAUUUGAAAUGUCCAAGCCAAUCAUUAGGGUCUCUGCAACAGAUCAAGAUUCUGUGGCAACAAAAGCUGGCCGAUUGAGCUAUGCAUUAGCCCAAACAUCUAGACAUCAGGAUCUCUUCACAAUGGAUGCAAGGAAUGGGGAUAUAUUUCUUAGAAGAAGACUUGUUGGCAUUCCUGGCAAUUCAUUUGUGCUAACACUUGUUGCUCAAGAUCAAGCAGAACCAUUCCGGAAAAGUGACGAAGCUCAAGUAACUGUGAACAUUCAGCGAAACACAUUUCCUCCAGAAUUCCAGAAUAAGUCGUACUCCAUACACAUUGACAGCACAUUUCCCAGAUACAGUUCUAUAAUUACAGUCACUGCCAAGGAUAAUGAUACUGUGCCACAGUUCAGUGAAAUUAAGUUUAAGAUUAUUGGUGAUGAUGAUGCUGUGUCAUAUUUUUCCAUCCACUCAACAUCUGGCUUGAUCACCACCAAGAAUGACUUGUCACAAAUUAACAAACAUGUUUUCCAGGUUCGCGUCAUGGCGGAAGAUGGAGGGGAACCACCAAAGCAUUCAACAGCUGUUGUUAAUGUUUUUAUCAACCACAAUUUGUUUGCACCCUUCUUUUCACCACCAAUGUACAGAUUUGAGAUUUUGGAAAUCCAACGCAUUGCAAAAUCAUUUGGACUUUUGUCUGCAUCCGAUGCAGAUAGAUAUCCUCCUUACAAUGAGAUACUGUUCAAAAUACAAGGAAGUUCGAAAAUACAGGAUUUCUUUCAAGUACAUGAAAGCCGGGGUGAAAUCUCUUUGAAACAAUCUAUGCUUGAUUUUCCUGACAAGAACAUGAGUCAUUUUGAGUUUGAUGUAAAGGCUACAGAUAAAGGGAUGCCACCGAAAAAUGCAUCAAAUGUGGCUAGAGUGAUUGUUAGUGUUGUCCGUAACACUGCUCCUUACUUUGAAUACACACCAUACAGCAUAGUAAUCCCAUCAACCAUGAAAGGAGGUCAGAGUGUUUUCCAAACAACUGUGAGAGAUAAUGAUCAAAUGGCUCCCUUCAAUAACCUGGUGUAUUCUAUGGUUGGUGACGGAAGCACAACAUCAUUCUUUGCUGUAGACAAAUCUGGUUUAAUUAAACUAAAACCUGACGCCGACCUUUCCAUGGACACAGCAAUAACAUAUUUUGCCCGCAUUAGAGUGCAAGAUGGCAGCAAUCCACCUAAAACUGCUACAUCUGUCUUGUCAAUCAAUGUUACCCGCAAUUUCUAUGAUCCUGUAUUCAAGAAUAAUUUGAUUCGGCGAAAUAUUCAGGAGACCACAGAAGUAGGGACAGUGAUUGCAACAGUUAAUGCGACAGAUGCUGAUAAAAUAGCUCCCAAUAAUCAGGUUAAAUAUGAGAUUGUGGGAGGCACAGGUGUCGGAUUUUUCUUAAUCCACCCAGACAAGGGUAAUGUCAUCCUUAUCAAGAGUGUCAAGGCUAUACAGAGGUUUUUCACACUGAUGAUUGAAGCUAGAGAUUUGGGUGUACCGUCCCGGUUUUCCAAAGUCACAUUAGAGGUGACCAUUCUGUUUGACCCGACACAGCUGACGUUCACUGCGGCUAACUAUAAUGUCUCCAUCAGUGAGAACAUACCAGUGAACAACGUCAUCACAACAGUCAUGGCUCAGCCUGCUGUGGAUGUUAUGUACACAGUUAAGGGUCUUGGAACUGCUCCUAAUUAUUUCAGUAUUGACAAAACAUCAGGAGAUGUCUGGAUAAAGACACUACUUAUAUCAGACCCUGCUCAGGGCUCAUUCUAUCAGCUUCUUGUGAUUGCCGAGAGAAAUGGCAUCACCACACAGACAGCCUCCUGUGUGGUGAGUAUUUCUGUGACACGCAAUGAGUAUGGACCGGUGUUUGAGCACACAUCGUACAACCUGACCAUUUCAGACACAACACAAGUAGGCAGUCUUCUACAAACUCUCCAGGCAACUGAUCAAGAUGGAGAUCAGAUUGAAUAUGUGUUGGUAGGUGAAAAACCGCAUAGCGAUUUCUUCUUCAUCAGCCCAAGAGAUGGAGCUCUAUCAUUAAAGAAGAGCCUAAGGGAGACCAAAAUUGAUCAGUUUGAAUUUUCUGUUGAGGCUAGUGACAUGCAGCCUCAGGUAAAGACAUCAAAUGCUAAGAUCAUCAUUAUCAUUGUGCGAGAUAUGAAGGUUCCAGAGUUUUUACGCUUGCCAUACGUAGUUAACAUCCGUGAAGAUGUUGCCAAUAGAAGCAGUGUGUUUAACCUUGGGGCUACUGAUAUAGAUCUUGUGGGAGAACUGACAUUUGAGAUGGAUGGAACUGGAAUAGCUGAAGCAUUUUUCCAGGUUGUACCUGGUCCUGUUGCAAACCCCCGUGAAGCUAGUGUUGUUGUCACUGCAGCAGACAUGCUCUAUAAGCAUUAUAGCCAGAUAUACAUGCUGAAAGUUGUCAUUUUUGACUCUGCCUACCCGGAGACCCGAACAACAACUGAGAUAACAAUCAACGUAGAAAGAAACCUGAAUGCUCCAAGGUUCCUCAGACCUCGUUAUGAGGUCACUAUUGAAGCAAAUCAGGAACUGGGAGUUCCAUUCUAUAACAUCAGUGCUUCAGAUUUCGAUGGUGACUCUGUUAUUUACAGUAUUGAGGGAGAUAAUUUGGCCAAGCAGUUUUACAGCAUUCAUCCAUUUACUGGAGAGAUAUUUCUCAAGCAGUCACUGUUGUCAGGAAACCAGGACACUGACACAAUACAGCUACAGGCUACUGAUAAUAGAAUUCCAGAAAAAACAGGAACUGCUCUUGUUUUGGUAACAAUCAACCGAGAUCGAUAUGCUCCUGAAUUUUUACGACAGCCAUACCAAAAAAACAUCUAUGUUGGAGAUGAUGUUGGGAUCACUGUAAUACAGCUUUCUACUACAGAUCGAGAUUUGAGGGGUUCAUUAAUGUACAAUGUGAUUGGGAAGUAUCCAGCACCCUCUUUCUUCUCUGUUCACAAUACGUCAGGUCAGGUGACAAUCUCAAAGAGACUGACACAAGAUAAUUUAGAACGAAAUAUUUAUGAGCUGCAUGUUUCAGUGUAUGAUGACUUCUAUCCUGAGAAUAUAGCGACAGCCACAGUAACAAUCAAUGUGAAUCGUAACCCCAGUGCGCCUACAUGCACUCCGCAGGCUAUCUCAGCUGUACUGUCAGAAAGCUCUCCAGUCGGAUACGUCAUUGGUGAUGUCAAUGCUACAGACAGUGACGGGGAUGUGAUAACAUACAAGAUCAUCUCAUCAACUCAGGAAACUUUUAAGUACUUUUUUGUUGACUCAUCUAAUGGCCUUGUAGUCUUGAAACAACCAUUAUCGCCGGAUUUCAGUCGAAAGUUAUUCUCCUUCAGCAUUGAAGCCAGUGAUGGAGGUUUCCCCACACCUCAGGUCUGUUCCACAGGGGUAGCAGUAUCCGUAACAAAAGAUGAACCGCCGUACUUCAUGCGUCUUCCUUAUCAAAGGGACAUUUUUGAAUAUGUCGACGUUGGAUCCACAGUUUAUGUUGUUAGUGCAGCAGAUAAAGACCAGAGGGGCUCAUUGGUAUACAGUUUGAUCGGAGAUUACAGAGCUUCAUACUUCUUCAAGGUCAGCAACAGCACAGGGGAGAUAACUGUUGCUCACAGCAUCAGAGAAGACUACUUUGAAAAAUAUACGCUCCGUGUGACAGCUUAUGACUCUGGAUCCCCUGCUAAGACAGCCACUGCAACUGUGGCACUGAAUGUCCUGCGUAACUUGGGGGUACCAGCCUGGAACAUGCCCAAGUGUGAGGCCACUGUGGAGGAGCUAACUCAAAUUGGAACCAUUGUUUUGAACACCACUGCUACAGAUUCAGACGGGGAUAUUAUCAAGUACUCACUUGAUGAUAGUUUCCAAACAACCAGUCUCAAGUUCUUUGCAGUCAACUCUUACACUGGCAGUAUCACCAUAACGAAGCAUCUUACCAAGGAUGUUCAGUCAAGUGAACAGUAUUUGUUGAAGAUUCAUGCCAGUGACCAAAGAACUAAUGCACAGACCGCUACAGCAACUUGCACAAUUAAUGUUUUAAGAAACAAGGCAAAACCACAAUUCAGGAAUACUCCAUACCGGCUUCAGAUUUCAGAAAACACAGCGGUGAACACUUCUCUAUUGUCAGUUAUUGCAGUAGAUGAUGAUUUAAGGGGAAAGAUAGUCUAUGAAGUGAUUGGAGAAAAUCUAGCACCAUAUUUCUUCCAUAUUGACCCGAAUCCAUCGUCAGGUGGAUCACAGAUCGUUCUACAGACCAGUCUCCUGACAGUUAAAUCUACGUCACGGUUUACACUACUGCUAAAAGCAUUUGACAGUGUCUAUCCAGAUGACUUUGAAACCGAGACGGUAGAGAUUGAUGUUUCUCGGAAUGAGUACGGCCCAGUCUUCACUGAUAGUCCCUACCGAGCUGUUAUUGAUGAGGAAGUCAGUAUUGGAACACAUGUGUUCACCAUUAAUGCUACAGAUAAAAAUAUAAAUGACCACAUUCAGUUCUAUGCAGUGGGAGAACCAGAAACAGUCGACAUAUUUAGUCUGAAUCCAGACACAGGAUCAGUAACAGUGGCCAAGUCAUUGACAGAUAUGAAGAAAACUCUUUAUAAGAUGAACAUCAAUGCAACAGACAAUGGCAUUCCCAAGCAGUGGGCAACGACUGAUGCUUAUAUCACAGUGAUGAGGGAUGAGUUUUCCCCUGUGUUCACAGAAUUCUAUCAGACUCGUAUCGGUGAAAACUCAGCUGUCAGAACUGACAUUCUCAAAGUACGAGCAUCUGAUCAAGAUCUGAAGGGUGUGAUACAGUAUGUCAAUGUGGGACAGUACCCAGCUGAUAGCUUUUUUGAAAUUGACCAGUCAUCUGGACAGAUUGUUCUUGAACGCAACCUCAAGCAGGACUAUGCCAGGAGGAAGCAAUAUUUGUUCAUUGUUGAGGCCUAUGACAGCAAGCGACCCAAACGCAGAGGAACAGCUACAGUGACCAUCAAUGUAAUCCGGAACCCAACUCCUCCAUUGUGGAGACUGCCAUUCUACACAACUACAAUACCUGAAGACCACCCACUGUUUACACCAGUAAUAAAUGUAACUGCUGAAGACCGAGAUCCUGGAGAUUCCAUUAGAUACAGUAUUGAUAAUGAAUCUGUACAGAGAGAUAUGAAUUCAGGACCCGCUGAGUAUUUCUAUGUGGAUACAGAAUCUGGUGUAAUUGGCCUGAGGAAAACUUUACUGGGAACAAGCAUUAGAGAACUUUUACUGAUAAUAACUGCCUGUGAUGAUGGCAUUCCUCAAUUAUGCAGCAAUACAAAAGUUCGAAUUCUAGUGAGCACUGAAGGGUUUGCACCUGACUGGAAAGACACACCAUAUACAAAAUCUGUCAAUGAGACUGUGAACAUUGGUGAUGUAAUACUCACCAUCAAGGCAGUCGAUCGUGAUCUCAAGCCUGGAAGUGCAGUGCAGUAUGAUUUCGUGGACCCCAGACCUGGAUUCUUUGGGCUCGAUGAAAGAAGUGGUGAGAUAAAGCUAGAGAGUAGCUUCCUUGCAGAUAUACGUGUUCGCUAUGAUUUCAGAGUUAUGGCUUUUGACAUCCAAGAACCAAGGAGAAAAGCUGUUACUGAUGUCACAAUAUUUGUGAGACGCAAUGUUAAUCCACCCACUUUCCUUAAACAAGUCUACAAAGAAACAGUUUCAGAGUACACAACACCAGGAAGUGUGGUUGUCAAUACUACAGCAAUUGAUGCAGAUGGGGACGAAAUUCGAUACUCAUUUUUGAAUCCUUCAGCCAGUGUAGAAGAGAAGUUCUUUAUCAAUUCCAGAAAUGGUAUAAUAUACCUCAAAAGCCCACUGGAAAAGUCAAAGACCACCUUUUUCAACGUUAUUGUCAGUGCAGUUGAUCAGAAACCUGUUAAUGAGAAAACUUCAACAACUUCUGUAGUCAUCAAUAUUGACCUAGAUGCAACACCGACCUUCACCUUACCGUCCUACAACCGACAGAUAGAACAAACAUAUCCAGAGGGAGGUCUUAUAGUUCAGACCAUGGCUAUAGAUGAUGAUCUGAAGGGCAACAUCCUUUAUGAAUCGGAUGGAGUUUAUCCCAGUGAAAUGUUUUUUGCUAUAAACAGAACGACAGGAAAUGUACAUCUUAUUCACAGCAUUCGUGAUGAUCCACUUAAACUGCAGACAUACAAGCUUAAAAUCCUUGCCUUUGACAGUGAAUAUCCAGACAGGAAAGCUUCAUCACAGGUUACUGUGUCAGUGCUGAGGCACUCCAGUGUUCCAAUGUUUAUUCCUGAUUCAAGUUACACUCCAAUUGUCCAGGAAUCAAAACCUGUUGGAUUCCAGAUAGAAAAUAUCACUGUAAUACACAAUACAAAGGUGACUUAUUCUGUGGUUCAUUCCUCCUCUGAUGUCGAGAAAUAUUUCUACUUAGAUCCAGGUUCUGGUCUUGUUAUCAUCAGACAACCUCUUACAUCAGCCAAGUCAAAUAUUUAUGAUAUGGUGGUUAUGGCUAAAGACAAGUAUGGAGUGACAGCAGAUGCUACUGUUGCUAUAAGAAUUUCCCGAAAGCCAGCUGACAUGGCCCCUUUCUUUGAAAAUGCUCCAUAUCGUGCCGACAUCUUGGUCACACAUGCAGUCAACUCUCAAGUCCUGUCUGUGUCUGCCCUUGAUCCUGAUCUUCAGGAAACGAUUGAGUAUCGACUAGAUGGAGUGUAUCCUGCCCCUAAUUUCUUCAAGGUUGACAAGGCAACAGGACAGAUUGUAUUAACAAAACGUUUGCAAGAAGACGUGCUCCGGACAUCUCAGUAUACACUGAACGUUUUGGCAUAUGACACUGCAGAUCCAGCUGUGGUUGGGAAGACAAAUGUUGUUAUCACUGUUAACCUCAACCCUAAUUUCCCACAAUUCCUGGACAAGGCUCCAUACUUCCGCACUGUUCUGGAGACACAGGCUCUUAGCAGUAUUGUUCUGCAACUUAAUGCUUCAGAUGCAGAUGGGGAUGAAAUUCAGUAUUACAUAAAAGAUGAUGCUGAAGGCAGGCUGGCUAUGAAGAAUUUCUUCCUAAGUGGAGUUACUGGAAUCAUGUACAUCCACGGUGACCUGAGACUUUCGGCUCCAGUCUCCUUGAUUCAGUUCACAGUUGAGGUGAAGGAUAAUGGUUCACCAGCUCAGAGCAGUGAGGCACGAGUUGUGAUAACCAUCCAGCGAGACCAAGGCCCUCCAUUCUUCUCUAAGCAAGUUUACAUCGCCACUGUUACUGAAACCACCACAGUGAAUGAUGCGAAACCCUUCAUCUCGGUAUAUGCUACAGACAGGGACCUACAGGGUUCUCUCAAGUAUCAGAUCACCGGGGAUGGAAUGGCUCUUGCUUUCUUCAAAAUUGCUGACGAUACUGGGGACAUCUUUGUGAAGAAUCCACUGACACUGACAACAGAUUCAAAAAUUGAGAUCGAGGUUGCAGCAUUUGAUGAUGUAUAUCCAGAAAAUGUUGGUAAAGCCAUAGUGCAAGUUAACAUAAUACACAAUCCAAAUGCACCACAAUUUGUUAUGAAAUCUUACACAGCCAGCUUAUAUGAGUAUACAACACCUGGAACUGAAGUUAUCACUGUUUCAGCAAAAGAUGAUGAUGGGGAUGAUGUGCGAUAUAGGAUUCAGUCUGACACUGAAGUAGAGAAGUAUUUCUUCAUGGAUGACAGAUAUGGAAUUGUCUAUGUUAAACAGUCACUCCACAACAGUCCACGGAAUCGUUAUUCUAUCGAGCUUGAAGCCCUUGAUGCAAGAUCACCACCAAAGACUGGUUCAGUUACUCUUUAUGUAACAAUAUUAAGGGACAUUGCGCCACAGUUUAUUGGCACUCCAUACUUCUUUACUGCUCAUGAAAAAGAUAGAGUGGAUAAAACAGUUUUCACUGUGAAGGCAUCAGAUGUAGACUUGCAGGGUUCAUUGAGAUAUGAAGUUGUGGGUGAUACUCCAGCUCCAAGCUUUUUCAAGAUAAAUUCGUCUUCUGGUGUUAUAUCUGUGAGAUCAGAUCUAAUCAACUGUAGAAGUCGAGAUUACAUGUUGAGAGUGGCCGUGUAUGAUUCUAAAACAGCAGUAGUGAAAACAAAAGAGACAGUUUCCAUAUCAGUGGUGAUUAACCGUGCCUCACCCGAGUUCACACAGACGAGAUAUGAUGUUGAAAUCAGUGGAAACCAUCACGUUGGCACUCAGGUCACCACAGUCUUAGCCCAGGAUACUGAUGGGGACAAGCCCACAUACAGUUUGCUUCGUGAAAGUGAACAUUUUCUUCUCAACAGUCUAACAGGGGAGGUAAUUCUAAUGAAAUCACUCAAGAACGUUCCACAGACACAGUUUCAGUUAAGAAUUCAGGCUGUAGACAGAGAGGUGCUGCCGAACUAUGGGGAAACAACUCUCACGAUUUCAGUCAAACAAGAUGUGACCCAUGCAGAGUUCUUGCAAGAACCGUACAUUGUUAAAGAUUUGCCAGAAACUACUCCAGUGGGGACCACCAUCUUCAAUGUCCUUGCCAGUGAUCCAAAUCUUCAGGGAUCACUGACGUAUGCAGCUACUGGCAUCUAUCCAGCACAGACUUUCUUCGACAUCAACGAAAAUGAUGGCACCAUUAGUAUCAUUCAAGAUCUCAAGCUUGAUGGAAUGGCUACUCCAACAUACAAGCUUGAGAUUGUAGUGUUUGACAGCGCUUCACAAGCCACCAGAGACACGUCGACUGUCACAAUCUCUGUUUUGAGAAAUCCUCACGCACCCGAGUUUGAUCGCCGCACAUACAUCAAAGUUAUUUCUGAGUACAUGAACAUUCAAGAUAUCGUAGAGACAGUCAGAGCCUCGGAUCUGGAUAUUCAAGUCUCUUCCACUGACCAGAUUAAAUAUGACAUCAUAAAAUCAGUUCCACUCAGUGGCCAUGAAUUCUUUAUAAUGAGCCCGAUAUCGGGAGAGAUUCUGCUGGCCAAGAGUCUUAGGACAGAGUCUGCUCCAAGUUUGUUUAAUUUGACAGUGUCUGCCAAUGAUGGUUCUGCCAAUCCAAAGACAGCUACAACCCUUGUGGUGAUUGAAGUCGUUCGGAACCUCCACCCACCAGUGUUUGAUGUUUCUCAAUACAUGGCCAAUGCCAGUGAGAAAGACCCUGUUGGCAAAGUUAUUACUGCUAUCUCAGCUUAUGAUGAAGAUGUUGAUAUUGAGAAAAAUAAAUAUACGCCGAAUGCUCAAAUUACCUACAGCAUUGUACAGAAUGAUAAAUCUGGAUCCAAAUUUUUUGGUAUCACUCCACUUGGAGAGAUAUUUAUAGCCAAGCCGCUUCUACGAAGAUAUACUAAGGGUUCAAGAAUUACAUUUUUUGUUCGAGCAACAGAUAAUGGUUGGCAGCCAAGAUUUUCUGAAGUCCCAGUCACUGUAGACAUUACCUUUGUUGAUUCCCUCUUUGGGGAUCUAGGAUUUAUUCAACCUCAAUAUCACCUGGAAUUGCAAGAAGAUACUACUGUUGGGUCUAACCUGCUUCAGUUGAAUGUGGUGAACCAUGAGAAACAGACAAUCAUCUGUUGGAUCAAGAGUGGAGAUGAUGCUGGUGAUAAUGGUAUCUUCUCAGUGGACAUGACUUCCAAUUUUAAAGACUGCAACCUGACCCUGAAGCGUCCUCUAGACCGAGAAGUCAAAGACCAUUAUAAGCUGAUGAUAGAAGUGGGAUCUUUAAUGGAGACGGCACCAACUCGUACCAAGAGAGCAGCUUACAACACAUGGAAAGAGGCUGAAAUAUAUAUUUAUAUUAGUGAUGUGAAUGACAAUGCACCUUUGUUUAUUUUCCCACAAUACCCACCUGUUGGAUACAACAUGAUGACAUAUUAUGGGGCUGUGUCAAAGUUUGCUUCUCCACAAGAAGUGAUACUGAAACUAUCAGCUACUGAUCCUGAUCUAGGUCCUAAUGGAGAUGUAGAGUAUGCUAUGGAUCCCAGCCUCUUAAAUGUACCACCAUUUGAUGUUGCUAAGAAUACAGGAAUUCUUCAUACUUCUCGGGAGAUCUACACGACUCUGACAAAUAACAACCAGUGGAAGUUCGAUGUCAUAGCCAAAGACAAACCAGUUGACUCUGAACCAAACCAUUCUAAAGCUCCAAUUAUUGUGAAUUUGAUUGAAGAUUACAACAGAUUUGUUAUAGUUAUUGAACACAGUAAAGCUGGGGAUAUUAUUGCUAGACAGGAAGACAUCAAAAUUCUUCUGCAAGAAGAACUUGGAUACUUGGUAAUCAUUGAAAAAAUUCAUGGCAAACAAACAAUUAACAAAGAAGAAAAUAUUAAUAUUGAGACUGAUUCCACUGACAUUGUUUUUGUUUUGGUGGGAAAAGAAAUUGAGCAUGAAUAUACACUGUUGCGAAACACAGAUCCAAUGACAAAAGACAGGGUUAUGUCAGACGACACUAAAAGAACCCUUGGAAGCAAACUCAAGAAUAAGCUGAACCUUGUAAUUGGUGAUUUUCGACUACCUCACCCAGAGACAAACAUAGUGGUGCGGACGAUGACCAAAUCUUACAUCUGGUGGCUGACCAAUCCAUGGGCUGCUCUUGUAGCCGUUGCAGUUAUGAUUAUUCUCAUCUGCAUCAUCAACUUCAUCGUUAUCGUCUUUUCAUAUUCUAAAUAUAUGAAGUACGUCCACAAAUACAAUGAAUAUCAAAUGAAACACUCCAAUGCUCAGCUCCACGCCUCAAUGAUUCAGCUGCAUCCAGACAUGUUCAUGACUCCAGACAUGUACAUGACUCCAGACGUUCUCAACCACGUGACUAGCUGUCCAGACAUGCUGACUGCUUCCCAGGAAUACAUUAACCAAACACCACGUAGCUACCUUCGAGAGUACGAGGAACAAAGUCUCAAUAUGUAUGUACCACCGGAAUACCAAGAUUACGACUUCACAAUAGAUGAUGACAUUCCUUCCAUAUCGGAUCCUUCUGGCGAUGCAACAGCAACAGCAAUUGUCAAUCCUGUGUAUGACUAGUAAGUGAUGAUACACAAAAUGUGAGCUAUGCCAGCAGCACCGUUCUGUAAGAAGAGUCUUUGAACAUGCUACUCAACAUUUUUCAAAACAAACUGUGGUGCAUACUUUUAAAAAAGGAAUUACAAAAAUACAGUACCUUUCAACUCUA